AUGAAACGAGAUAAUCAGGGCAACCCAGUCCAGGUGACACACCGAUGGAAUCGACCACCGCUAUCAUGUCUGCCCUGUCGUGAAAAGAAGCGCCGAUGUGAUCGUGCUCAGCCAUGCUCAAACUGCGUGCUCCGAGACAUUCCAUGCAACUAUGCUGGGCAAAGCUCGGAGACUCUAGGGCCAUCCGGGGCUUCACAGGCAUCCACUGCUGGCUCUGGUCAAGUCACUGGAGCACAGCCUGUAAAUUCAGCUGAAGUUAACAAUCGCAACGUGGAUGAGAUGAUUCUUCAUCGUAUUCGAAGAUUGGAAGGAAUCAUAGAAAGAUCCGUUGUGUCUCCACAGGUCGAUGUCAAACACCAGGGGAUAUUUUCAACCUCAACACCUACUUCAGAACCAGCUUUUGGCUCUCACUAUGUCAUGUCAUUCAACUCGCAUCCUCCGGCAGAUUCAAUUAGCUAUAACUACAGCGAAUACCCAAGUAUCGUCGACCUUACGCGGAAACUUCCUCCUCUACGAGAGGCAAAAAGCCUGUUCGAUCAUUUUGCAACAACACUGCAGCCGACGUUCGGCAUACUUCAUAUCCCAUCUACUCGUGUCCUGAUGGAGCGCACCUAUCAGUGCUUCCUGGAGGGCGAAGAGGCUCCAGCGGCGGAUUUGAUGCUACUCUUUGCGGUUUUCGCUGGAGCUGCACUUGUUUGGACACCCCAGCUUCUGGAGAAGUUAAAUGCAACUCAAUGGGAAACCAAGUCGGCUUUCAUGGCAUAUACUCGCCUUGCACUGGCUAUCUUGGAUCACCCUCGUCAGAUCAUACAGUCAUCGACCACGGCCCUUGUGGCCACUGGCACCAUGGCCCAUCUGCUCAUGAAUACCGACGGCUUUCCUCUCAAGGUCCACGUGCUUCGAAAUCGAUGCCUGUUGAUGUCGAGAUAUUUGGGAAUUCACCGUUUGGAUACGGCGAAAGCACGAGAAGAACGAAGGCUCAAGGGAUGUGAUAUGAUUGAGGUCGAGGUUCAGAGACGUCUCUGGUGGAACAUGGUAGCAUCUGACUGGCUUCUUUCGUUUUCCGGCGGGCCUCAAGAAGGUGCAUACACUCUUCAACCAAAACACAUGAAUGUGAACUUGCCGAGUAAUACGGAUGAUGAAUUUAUUACAAGCACAGAGGUUAAACAAAACCUGCCUCUGUCCGUGCCUACCAGCAUUUCUGGGUUCUUCUUCAGAGUCAAGACGGCAGAAGUCUGCCGUGAGGUUAUUGACGCCCUACCAUCUAUCCUGCUGGAUUCUCAAGAGCCAGAAUACGACACUAUCCUCCAGUUGGACAGACGUUUCCACGAUCUCAUCGAUAAUCUUCCGAUAUUCUUCAAAUUGGACCAGGAAAGCAUCGAACAGAGCCGGGCCAUUUGCAAAGAGCGACCUUACAUUGCCGGACAACGGCUUGCGGUACAUUUCAGCAUCCACACUCGUCUGUGUCGACUCCACAGGCCAUAUCAUCUGGAAGGCGUGACGAACCCCAAGUACGCCUACUCGCACGCGAUGUGUAUCCGUUCUGCCCACACCGUACUAGAACUACGACGUGCGAUGGACGAGGUGGACUCUGAGAUCCUAGUGAAGCCAGCACGGUUCUGGACUGUCAUGCAUCAUGUGUUCUUCGCGGCUGUGAUUCUGGCGAUGGACGUGUCGUUCAAUCCCGAGGCGCCAGACGCGGAGGCUCGCAAGGCGAAGGUCCUUGCUGCCUACGAAACUCUAGAAAGAUCGAAGCAGGAUUCGAUGCACCUGAUGGAAGGAAUUCAGAAGAAUCUACAGACCCUGAUGUCUACACUUCACAAGCAGCGAUCACAAGUAACCGGCCCUACCCUAAAUGAUCCCGCCCAUGAGGCGUUGCCAACUAGCCAGCCGGUAAAUGGGCUUGGCGGAUCACAGGCAGUUCAUGAAGGCGAAAGUUCAGACUUUGUGCAACCCUCCUCGACAAUAAUUGGCGACGGUGCCCUGGGCUUCGGGUUGAUCAAUGACAUUGGCGAGGAAGGUUGGGAGCAUCUCUGGUCCGAAUUUGUGGCUGUGGCCCCUGAUCUCGAUGCGCCACAGUGGAACGCACUGCUCGACGAUGUUGAUUUUACCUCUCAGCUCGAUGUAUACUAG